GCAAGCCCCGGGAAAGCCGAGACCGGGGGGCGCUGGAGAAUCUGCGUUGGGCUCCCUCGGUAUUAAGGACCCGGGGAAGGGUGUAAACGGCAGGAAAGGCGCAUCCUGCUGCCCCGGACCGGCUGGGCCGGCUGCGGGCAGGACAGAGACAGGCCGGGCCCUAGGGAAACCCAGCCAACAAGCCUGGCCUGGGGAACCGCAGAGGAUCCCCCCUGAGACCCGGAACAGUCAUUGGCAGGGGGCGGCUUGGGACCGCUCCGCACCCGCAGAGACCGAGGGGCGCCCUGGGCAGCACACUGGACAGGGAUGUGCCAGGGCUGGGGAGCCCUGGCUGUGGGGCUCUGGGGGGCCCUGGCACCGACGGCCAGCGCUGUUCGGAGCUGCAUCUGCAGAGGCCUCCGGUCUGGGAGCAGAGCAGGGGACAGGUCAUCCCUUUGUAGCGCUGGUGGGAUCGCGCUGGGCGCCACACCUGGGAGACCCCCUCCGAGAGCCCCACAGAAGCAACAUGACAUUAUUCAGAGGCUGGAGGACAGGUUUUAAUGCACGAACUCGGGCCUGUGGAAAGGACGGCGGAGGAAGGAACGUGGUACCAGGCUGCAGAGUGUGGGCCUGACGCAGUAAGAAGUCUUCAGACUGCACCAAGGCAAUCCGGACUCACAGGCCGCAGGGGUUUCUGUACAGACUAGAAAGGGCUCUUUGCGCUAAAGGCAGAAGUGCCAGUGGCUGGACGAUGGAGCUAGAUACAUUGAGGCUAGGAACAAGGUGCCGGUGUCGUUCGAGGACGUGGCAGUCUAUUUCUCCCUGGAGGAGUGGGCGGAGUUAGCAGAAUGGCAGAGGGAGCUGUACCGGGAUGUGAUGAAGGAGAAUUACGAGCUCAUCGCCUCCUUGGGAUGUCCGGGUGCCAAACCAGAGAUCAUCUGUCAGAUGGAGCGCGGGGAGGAGCCGUGUGUGCGGGAGCCCCAGGGCUGGAGAGAGAGGAGACCCCAGAGCCCCUACUCAGGUGUUGGCAUCACCAUUAAAAAGGAGGUGCAGGAAGAUCCCGGAGCCCUGGCACCACGGAGGACCGUGUCCGGACUCCAGCUCUUGGAACUAAAGAGCUGCGAGAGCAAAAGCGGGUCCCGCCAGAAGCCGAGAACCCAGGCCGGAGACCCUCAGGGGAGACGAACCGGGAGGGUGGCAGAGAGGCCUCAUGCGUGCCCGGACUGUGAGAAGAGCUUCAAGGACAGGACGGCUCUGAUAAUCCACCAGCGGAUCCACACGGGCGAGAAGCCCUUUGCCUGCGCCGAGUGCGGGAAGCGCUUCACGCAGAAGCAGCACCUCACCACCCACCAGCGCACCCACACCGGGGAGCACCCCUUCUUCUGCGCCCAGUGCGGCAGCAGCUUCCGGCUGAGGAAAGUCUUCCUGACCCACCAGCGGGUCCACGCCGGGGAGCUGCCCUUCACCUGCACCGAGUGCGGGAAGAUCUUCAACCACAAGCACCACCUGAUCACGCACCGCCGCACCCACACGGGCGAGCGCCCCUUCCCCUGCACCCAGUGUGGCAAGUGCUUCACCCAGAAGCACCAUCUGCUGAGCCACCAGCGCAGCCACACGGGCAAGCGGCCCUUCUCCUGCGCCCAGUGCGGGAAGAGCUUCAAGGACAAGACGCCGCUGAGCAUCCACCAGCUCGUGCACACCGGGGAGAAGCCGUUCUCCUGCGAGGCUUGCGGGAAGAUCUUCAGCCACAAGCACCACCUGGUGAUCCACCGGAGAACCCACACCGGCGAGAAGCCCUUCACCUGCGCCGAGUGCGGCAAGCGCUUCACGCAGAAGCACCAUCUCGUCAGCCACCAGCGCAUCCACACCGGGGAGCGCCCCUUCGCCUGCUCCCACUGCGGGAGGAGCUUCAAGGACAAGAUCACCCUGAAGCUGCACGUCAGGCUGCACACCGGGGAACGGCCCUUCGCCUGUGCCGAGUGCGGGGAGAGCUUCCGCCUGAGGAAGGUGCUGCUCACCCACCAGCGGGUGCACACAGGGCAGGCUCCGCUGAUCUGCACCGAGUGCGGCAAGACCUUCAAUCACAUGCAGCGCAUGGCCAUGCACCAGACGAGCCACCACGCCCGGCAGGGGCCGUUCCGGAGAGCUCAGCGCGGGGAGAGCUGCUCGGGGAGACCACAGCUCCUACUGCCCCAGCAGGGCCAGCCCGCUGACCGCUCGGUGCACGCAGCGACCUUCCAGCCGCCAGCACCCGGUGGCUCCCCCUGUGCAACAGGCAGAGUAAGUCCUGGGCCUGACAAAACACCACCUGCACAAUUACACACGGAGCCGGCCCCGCGGGAUCGCUCAGAAGAAACCAUCUGACUGCCGGGAGCAGGGAAAGCGUCACUCACGAGCGCAGUCCGAACCCCCCCGGUCCUGUGCAAUGGGAGUCGUUAAUUCAGCAGCGCCCUCAGCAGCACGGCGCCCAGGGCCGGCUCCAGGCACCAGCAUUCCAAGCUGGUGCUUGGGGCGCCAAUCUGCAAGGGGCGGCCGUCCCUGUUGUUUUGCCCCCAAGCAGC